UUUAUUAUCAGAGCAUAAAUGUUAGGUUAACUUGUGUGUUAUUUAUGUUGGACGGGUAUGUUUGACCAGAAAUGGCCGAAGCCCAGGACUCGCCUCUUGAUAAGUUAAGAAAAGAAUUAAAAAAGUGCGAUAAGACUUUUCAAACAUGCUGUACUUUCUACAAACGAGUAAUAGACAUACUUGGGGACGAUUGCAUAGAUAGACUAACACUGGCCAUAAUACAACAGUAUGCUCUAGGACGACAAGAAAAUGCAAUACAUUUACAAGUUAACGAGAAACGAAAGCAACUAGUCAGAGUAUGGGAAUGUCUUAGGAUUGGAAUCAUAGGGGAAGUUGCAGCGGGUAAAUCCAGCUUGAUGAAUUAUUUGAUGGGUGAUAACUACCUCCCAAUCGACCAGGGAAUUUGUACAAAGGUAGUAUGUGAAGUCUAUAACAGUGACUUCAGAUAUGUUCAAGUUUUGUUUUGCGAUGGUACAAAACUGGAAAAGUUGUUGGAGAACAAUCCGGAUGAUAAAAAUUGGCAAUGGUUAGGGGAGAUAAUCGAAAAUGGAUAUCUUUUUUGGGAUCUGACAAAUGAGAAAGUGGACGUGAAAUGUGUCCAGAUCUUCUGGCCGUUAGAUAUAUUCAAGGACACCGAGUUAUUGAAAACACACGAUUUAAGUGGUGAAGAGAAUGAAGCUUCUGUGGUAGAAAACGAUUUAGGUCAUCCGAUGAUGUAUAAAACUCCAUCUGUUGUGUUUGUGGACUAUCCUGGACUGGAUGAUUCGGUAGAUGAAGACGGUACUAAUCCUAGUCUUAAAUUCAUUCUUGGGGAAAUCGAAGAGAAAAUGGUGGAUGGAUUCCUGAUUCUCAUUGACAACUCACACCACAAUUGUAUGAAAGAAAUACAGAAGUUUAUGUCUCACGCUGUCGUUCAGUUUCCUAAUUCUAAACUUGAUGCAGACAAAUGUUUGUUUAUAUGUAAUAAAUGGGACCUCGUUUCAUCGAAACAACAUAAAAAGACAGAACUUAAAGAGUCAGUCCUACGAAAAUUACAAAAGGAAUGGGCUACUGUUCAAGAUAGUCAAGUUAUCCAGUUUUCUUGUGUUGAAAAGCAAAAUGAGACUGAAUUGAUCAAUGCCGUAUAUCAAUUGGUAAUAACAGCAAAACGGAGGCGAUUGGAGGAGUAUUGGUUGUGGUUGACAAACCUUUGUGAAGUUGCAUUAGGACUCAUCAAAUGUCGACACCAAUGGUGCAAAACUGAAGAAACAAUGAUUGAAGUAAAACACAAAGCUCUUAAAGAUGUGGAGUUUCUUAAAAAGGUUAAAUCAGAAUUACUCGUUAAUGGGGCUGCAAUCUUAGACAACAAAACUGAUCUUGUAAAAAGAGAUUACGAGGCUUACUUAAAAGAAAGAUUACAAGGAUAUUGCAAGUCAAUGAUUUUGAAAGAGAAUAGUUCGUUUACACAUGAUCUGUAUGAGGCCAAGAGAGACUUUAGUUUAAAUUUACAAACUUUCAAAGAAGAUAUUGAUGCUUGGUUUCAGAAUCUGCAAAAUAACAUUGUUAAACAAUCUUGGCUUUUAAAUCUAUUUUAUAAAACCAGUUGCCAGUCGGUGAACCAAUUUAAUUUUCUCCUACUUGGACUUGUGAUGGUUAUUCCAUUGGCCAAAGUUAUAUUGGUAGGAGCACUACUUAAAGAUGAAAUAGAUGAAGCACGCAUGAAAAAUCCGAAUAACAGAAUUAAGAUGGAGGUUAGCCUACUAAGUUACCAUGUUGAAGAAAUAAGGAACAAUUUUAUUAUGCAUAUUGAACGCCAGAUAGCGCUUUUUAACAAUAUCGGUAAAUUGGAAAUACAACCUUGCAAUGAGCAAAUAAUUGAUCGCUUACAAAGAGUGAUAGAUGGACUAUUAAAUGUUUUCCUCAUAGAUGUAGCUGUCCAUGAAAUACCACCGGAGGAUGUGCUGGUUAUUGAGGAACUAGACAGAUCAAGACACUUUGUUCACACCGUUCAAUGUAACGGUCUUGGAGAGCUAGCUAGAAAGAAAAUAGAAACAAGAAUACCACAUAAACUAAAAGGAGAUGAAAAAAGCAGGGCAGAAUACUCCAAGAGCUUGUCUACUCAAGUAACGUACUGUAGAGAAUUAAUAUUGCUAAGGAAACUAAGCGUGCUAACAGCUGACAUGGACUAUCAACAUUUUGUGAAGUACAUAGGUUCGUGCAUAGAGGAUGUAGAUGGUUGUAUUACAUUGUACCUGUUCAUGGAGAAAUGUGAUGGUAAUCUGGAGGACGUAUACAUUGAGAAGGGAUUGGGUUCCAGGAAAAUGAUUGACAUUUGUAUAGAGACGGCUAAAGGUGUUAACUUUCUACAUAAACAUGGAAUUGUUCACAGAGAUAUUAAGCCUCAAAACUUUCUGGUCAAAGAUGGUAUUAUCAAAAUAUGCGAUGUCGGUCAUUCUAAAGAAGAGGACAAAAUUGUAACCAUAGGAUCAGAACGAGGUACAAAAAAGUAUCACCCACCGGAAAUAAUGAAUGACUAUUCAAUGCACACACCAAAAUCUGAUAUAUACAGCCUAGGUAUGGUCUUCUGUGAAGUGUGGAAAGAUGGUUGGACUAAUUCAACAGGAUUAUUAAGUAGUCUUUCUAACACAAAUACACAACAGAAGGUACAGAAAGCUAUGAAAAAGAUAAUAACAGGCUGUUUGCAAAACGAUCCAAAUACUCGUCCAGACAUUCAAACUCUUAUAAAACAAUUAUACUCAAUUAAACAAAUGUGUUAGAGAUAAACCUUAAUCCUGUUAAUUGUGUUUACUUCUAU